AUGCAGUCGUUAAAGCAAUCAUCAUUAAUCAAGUCGAGAUGGAAUAUUCCCAUUCCUUACUGCUCCCUACCGUAUUUCGUAUUUGGUGCUCCCCAUGAAUGUCUCAGCACAAAGAAGUUGCUUAUUGACACGCUUCGUCCAGAGGACCGGUCUCUAUCCUUAGCCGAAUACCGCAGUCUUUCUGUUCGCGUUGCGGUGGGUCUGAGGCGACUAGGGGUCCAACACAAAGAUCGCAUUCUAUGCCUCUCAGGCAACUCAAUAGCAUACCCGGCUCUUUUGAUGGGAACCAUCAUGGCGGGCUGUAUCUUUGUACCUGGGCAACCUAGUCACGGUCCUCGAGAAUUGGAGAAGUUGCUCACGGUUGCAAACCCUUCGGUAAUUCUGACACAACGCGUGCAUACAGAUACGCUUUUGGAGGCUGCAGAGACAGUCUCUUGCCCGGCUUUAGAGCAGAAAUCCAUUUUCAUUUUUGACGAUGAUAUUCUCGAUUGCACAGGUGAGUCUUACCUCGAUAUACCUCACUGGCAGGAAUUGGUGGGUUCUCAAGCCGACAGUGACUGGAAGUAUCCCGACGUCGAAUCCCCGCAUGAUUACAAUAGUACCAUUGUCAUAAUGUUCACAUCGGGGACGACCGGGCAUCCCAAGGGAGUCGAGAUUUCUCACUGCAACUAUAUCUCCGCUUCCGUGAGCUAUAUGCAGCGAGUGUCUCUCCAUCCCGACUGGCAACAACCCAUGAAAGACGCAGCAAAAGAUUUCAGCCCGAUCCGUGUAUUAGGCGCGCUUGGAAUGCACCACAUCCUUGGUCAGCGAUCCUAUAGCGUCAUCUUCCCCAAGCUUGGAGUUCCACUGUAUAUACUGGGUCAGCCGAGUCCGCAAAAUAUUAUGGAUGCCGUAGAAACAUUCAAGAUCUCCGACGCAAUAAUUAGGAGUUCUAUGCUUACGGCAAUUGCGGAAAGCCCAGCUCUUGAUCUUCGAAAAAAGCUGGGCUCUUUAGCAAGAGUGGAGGCGUGUGCAGCGCCGAUGGGGCAACCAACCAAAAGUACCCUCGAGAAGGUAGGGAUUGGGCGGGUUACCCGAGUCUGGGGAUUGACCGAGCUCGGGUUGAUCACCGGUCACGAUACGAUGGCUUGCUCGAUAUCUGAAUCCGUGGGGGAAUUGCAUGCCAACUUCGAAGGCAAGGUGACGGACCCCAGUGAGCCGACCCGAAUUGUGGACCGCAAUACCAUUGGGGAUAUAUGGAUCCGUACACCUAGCCGUAGCACUGGGUAUUAUCAGAAUCCGGAUGCAACCAGCGAGGUGCUUGGGGCCGAUGGGUGGUUCUCCACAGGAGAUGUAGGAUAUGUUGAUGAAGAAGGAAAGUGGUAUAUUGUGGAUCGUAAAAAAGAUCUCAUCAAAUCGAAUGGCAACCAUGUGGCUCCGACCGAACUUGAAGAUAUCUUGCUUCGCCAUCCAGACAUCAUGGAUGUUGGAAUUAUCGGCGUUGCUGUAGACCAAGAUGAGGGGCCACGGGCCUAUAUUGUGACAGUCCCUCAAUCGGUUGUAUCCGUCACCGAAAUUCAACAUUUUAUGGUCGACAAAGUGGCUCCAUAUAAGUAUCUUUCCGGUGGCAUCUCAUUCAUUCCAAGCAUUCCACGGAAUUCAAACGGAAAGAUCCUACGUGCACAGCUGCGCGAGUUGGCCAAAAUGGAACUCGGUGGCUCUAAGGGGCACUAUCAUGGAAUACGUGCAGUUUCCCUGGAUAUACUGCAUACCUCGGUUCCCACCAAUAUCCUCCCAUGA